AUGGCGAGCAACGGAGUUAAGGUUACCGCUACGAUGGAGAAUGGCGGAAGAAUUUCUACUGGUGAAAACCCUAAGAAAAUCGUAGACCUCAACACUGCGGAGCCAGAUCGUACAGAUGACAUUCUCGACGAAGAUGUCAAGGGAUUGUCAGAAUCCGUUGAUGUUUCUGGUGGGAAGAAGGAUGAAGCGGACUCUAAGGCUAUUGGAUCGGCUGAUUCUGGGGAUGCAUCUCCGGUGGAUGAUAUUCAGAAGAAGAUUCGACGUGCUGAGCGGUUUGGGGUUUCUGUGAAGUUAACGGAGGAGGAGAAGCGCAAUUCGCGUGCCGAGAGGUUUGGUACUGUAGCAGCGGGGAAUGGCUCAGAGGGAACGAAGAAAGCAGAGGAACUGAAGCGAAAGGCUAGAGCUGACAGAUUUGGGGUUCCUGCUUCAUCCCCUACCAGCGACAACACUGAGGAAGAGGCAAAGAAGAAAGCUAGGCUCGCUCGUUUUGGGAAAGAUACUAAGGCUGAUGCUAAAGUUGAUUCGGCUGAAGAAGAUAAACGCAAAGCUAGGGCACUAAGGUUUUCUAAACCUGCUUCGGAUUCGUCUUCAGAUCUACCUGGAAAGCAGGAUAUUGGCAAGGAAGCAGCCGUAUCAGGAAGCGCUGCAUAA